UAUUCGAUUUGAAGUGUGUCCUAAACAUAGUAAAUUAUAUUGAGUUGAUAUUAACUAUCUGUUAUAGUUUUCAAAUCCAUUAGUCCCUAUUUAAGUAGUGAUGUAGAUAAACCCUUAUUUUAAAAUAAGGAGCGUCAUAAUGAUAAGCCAAAAAGUUGCAAGAACUAGAGAUAUUGAAGAUACAAAAGAUGCAAAAAGUGUUAUUAAAAGUCAAGAUGUAAUGGGAAAAUUGACAAAAGUUAAAGUUGAAGAUGAUUUUAUCGCACCUGUUGUAAUUUUACAACCAAAACUAUCAAAGGGCACCAAGAGGUCAAGUGAUAUUGAAAUUAAUUUUAGUUGUAAACAAAAAAAAAUUUCUCGACCUUCAUUACCAGCAAGUUUUAAUUCUAAGCGGCCAUUAGUUAAUUCAAGCUCAACCGUUUCAUCUAAUAAACCUUAUCCUAAUCUGCAAGUUAAGAAGCCCAUGCCAAAAGUACCAAAUGUAUCAUGUAGUAUUGAAACUGUAAAAAAUCUUGCUGGUAAUAUAACUGUCUUGAACAAAAAAUUAAAUUUGAAUCAUAGACCUCGGUCGAUUCUUAAGAAAAAAUUAGAUAUAGCUUGUAAUGCAGAGCCUGUAAGAGUGUCAGCUAAAAAAGAAACUACUUUUCCAUUAAACCUUGAACAACUGUUUAAAAAAAAACGCAAUGUACCCAACAUCGUGCAUAAUGUAAAAAAACCCAAUGAACAUGUAAAAAUGAGACUUGUGGAUAGAAAAGUGUAUGUCAACUCUAAAACAAAGAAAAUUAACAAAAAAAAUACUAAUAUAACAUGUUAUGUUAAACCUAUAACUAGUCCUGUUAUUAAUAAUCCAGUCUGUUUAGACAAACCGAAUAAUCCUAUUUCGAAAACAAGAAUACUUAUAAAACAAGAACCUGGUCCAUUGGUCAAAACGGAGUCUUUAGAAAAUCCUACAAAAGUCUUGGACAAAAAGUUGGACCUGAAUAAAAAAGCCAAGAUUAAUUUUUCAACCAUACCAAGUUUUUCUGUUAACAUUAGUUCAAAUAAAAAUAUCGUAAACAAAACAGAUUUAAAUUCUUCUACAGCACCUCGUGUACAAAAACUAACACCAUUGACAGCCGCCCAGAAAAGCAAUGAAAUCAGCAUGAAAAGAAAAAUAAUGACCAAAGUAAAAAUUGCCAGUUCGUAUUUGAAUCUGAUGGAUACUUAUCGUUACCUUAUCAUUCCUAAAUCAUGGUCUGUUAUGGAAAUGAUGACUGAAACAAACCAACAAUGUAUUGUUUUUUUCAACGCCAGUAUCAUAAAAGAAAACAACGUUUAUUUAUCAAUAAUGAAGAAAAGUAUAGUAGUCGACACAAAUGCCAACAUGCAUUAUUCCGUUCAUGGACUACCAGUUGAUCACAGCCCUACUAUUCUUCCGGAUAUUUUAGAUAGCACGCAAAAGUUACUGAGUAUUUUGCAUAUUUUUGAUAAAAUGCAAGUGUGUGAAGGCGUUAGUAACAGUUCAACAAAUGUGAUUCAAAGUGAAACCAUAUUCAAAGACACUUGCCGCUUUUGGCGUCACAAAGACUGUAAAAUAAUAAUGAGGGUUAAAUCAAACACAGAGACAAAAUGUUCUGUAUGCGCACGAUAUUUUGAAAGGGUAAGUUGUUAAUUUAAAUUCGUCUCUCACGAAAAAUAAAAUGCAUAAUAAAU